AUGUCGAAUGUUAGCAGUGCGCUCAUUUGGGAGUUGACAAAAAAGAACAACUGCUUUUUGAAAAAAAAUAAAAGUGGAAAAAAAGGAAAUUUCUUAUGUGACACCUAUAACAUUAGUUGCAAAAACACCCCUUCAAGUAGUGGCCUUGUAAAAGAAAAUGGUGUAAAUCUCCGAUUCAAGAAGGGAAAAGUUGUAUUGUGUGUCAAAUCCACUGAUCAAAACAUAAUUACGAAUAAAGAGUACAGGACGAAAAAUAAGGAAAAGGCUAUGAAAUUAAUAGAGGAUCAUGCAAAUCUCGUAAACGACAAGAGCAAAAAUCGACUUAUCAAAAAAUACAAACGCAUUGCCAAAUUAUACAACUGUAAUAACAAGGGAAACAAAUGA